GUAUAAAUAUAGAGGCAUGGCUGCUCCUCCGCGUCCGCGCAGAUCAGUGUCGCUCCGGCGCUGAAGCCAGAGUGCGCCUGUCGGUCUGGGAAUGAGCGCAACUUUGACACGCUCUCCUCUGUGGCCCCGCCGCCUCAUCUGCUUCUUCCUCCGCGCUCACCGGAGGGCCAAACGCCGGGAGGUCGCCCUCAGGGCCGGAGGCGGCAUGGGCUUUCUGUCGGCGCUGAGGACCGUCCUGGUGCUGGGCCUGGUGACGGGCCUGGCGGGAUGCGCGCCCGGCCUGAACGGCACGGUGGACCGCUGGGAGGCCCUGUACUCGCGCUCCCUGGCGCGGCUCCCGGGGGAGAAGCGGGAGGAGGCGAGCCGGGACGGAGACUACCUCCUGGGCAUUAAAAGACUGCGGCGCCUCUACUGYAACGUGGGGAUCGGCUUUCACAUCCAAGUGUUACCAGACGGCAGAAUUACCGGGGUCCACAGCGAGAACCGUUAUAGUGUCCUGCAGAUCUCCCCCGUGGAACGAGGGGUGGUGACUCUGCUGGGCGUUCACAGCGGGCUCUUUGUGGCCAUGAACCGACGAGGAAAGCUGUAUGGAUCUCUCCACUACAGCAACGAGUGCAAGUUCAGAGAGAAGCUCCUGGCCAACAACUACAACGCCUACGAGUCAGCGACCUACCCGAGAAUGUUCAUCGGUCUGAGUAAGGGCGGCAAAACAAAAAGAGGAAACAGAGUGUCACCCGCCAUGACGGUGACACAUUUCUUGCCAAGAAUCUAAUGGCCUCGUAAAUCGACUUCGCCUCAGUUUGGGGGAGAGUUGGAGAGAAGUGGUGGAGGGUGUGGCUUGGUCUCUGAGCUGUGAUGCACUUUCACUCCAAGCUUUUUGCAAGUGUGUCAUAAUGGACGUUUUGAAAUUGUACAUAAUGGUGUUUUUUAAGAUUUUUUUUGUUUAACUACAGUUUUAUAAUUGUUUUAUAUAAAGGCAGAUGACUUUUCACUGCAGAAGGGCAGGAGGGAAGGGGGGGAGGGGUGGGUCAAAAUGUUUAAUCUAUUAUUUAUGUUUUCGUUUUCUAAUUUAUCGAGUACGUGCUGCUACUGAAUGAAAUUCUGUCUUUGGGUGUUUUGAUUUUUCUUUGCACAGAUAGGAAAGCUAGCAAGCGUGCACAGAGAGUGCCGGGGACUUAAUGUUGGGGUUUUUUUGUCAUUUUAUUUUUGUUAUUCUUAUGUUUGGAACGGAAAACCCUUCGGAGUCUUAGCAUACAAAAACAGAAAUAGGGCGCAAAUGUCGUUUGUGUGAGAAAUGGCACUUAGUGUUCAAAACUUCAGCUCUUUUGUUACCUCCCUUUUUAUUUUGAUUGAGUUGGCUCUGCUGCUGGGUUUGGAGUCAGCGCCUAAUUUUGAACUACCUUCAGCCUUAAGCCGGAUUUAAGUUUCAGGAUUUGUCUGAAGCAGCAUGUUCCUGUGUUCCAUGUUGUACCCCUCAGAGUAGCUUCCCUGUWGCAUGAUGUGCUCUUCCUCUGUAAACCAACCAAAUAUCAUGGCAGCGAGUGUUUUGCUCCUCUAUAUGUCCCUCAUGGAACAGAAAUUUGACAGGAUGUAAUUGAAUCGGGGUUGCUCACAACGUUAACACAACGACCACUUUUUGUAUGCAAUGUUUUUAUUGUUUGGUUUCAAAAGCUCUACUUGUUCUUGUAAACACUAUYGAUGCAUAUAGGUCUAAUAUCUUCCCUCUUUUCUUUGUUGACGGGGGUUUCCUGACAAAGCAGAUCCUCACUCGGUCCCCUGUAGGCUCCGAGUCUUUAUGAUGUUAAAGUAUAAACUAAGCUGCAGAACCAGCUCUUAUCCAGAAAAUCAGGUUCAAGAGUUGCACCACCUCUUUGUUAGUUAGCAUUGAAGAACCCCCACAAUGCCAGGUGCUGGGGUCUGGAUGGAUUACCAUGACCCAUCAGACCAAGGACCACUUUGUGACUGCUAAUUCACUUUUCCCAGUUCAAUAGAAAAAUAAUACAUUUAACAAAUGGCAAAGCAGUAUGAUAAAACUUUUUUUUGCAUUUCCUCCCAAGUUCCUCUCAUUGCAAGUAGAAAGAUUUUCAUUUAGUGUUUCUAGUCUUAAUCUUUGUGAUUUAAACCAUGCCGUUAGUUUUUAUACAGCAUUGCUCAGAGCUUUACAACAGAGAGAUUUAAAUAACAAACAGCAGGGUUUGUAAAAAAACACUCAGAUAUAAUGGCAUAGCUUUAACUUGUUUUUUGUGGGAGGGGAUCAAGUUCACCAAAAGGUUUAAAAAUUGAACAAUCUCUCAUUUGGUUUUGUUCAAACCAGCACCACAACUUCGUGGGGAACGUGUGGCUCUAGUGCCUAAUUGAAAUAAUAUCAUCUUACUGUUGAGAGAAAGGCAGAGAUGGACUUGAGCGGAGGAGGGGAGAGCWAACUCCACAGCCUCCACUGUGUCUGUUUAUAGCUCUGCCAGGGGGGUGAACUCUGAACUUCUUGACCGUCAAUCUCAGUCAGACACAUACGUCCCGCAUGAGAGAGAGGAAUCCCCUUUGACAUGAUAUAAGUGGAGAAUUUGGGAGUUUACAGGCAAGGUCAAAGAGCUGAAAUGCAACGCAAAGGCAAUAGCCUUGACUCUAGAAUGGGACUAUUCUUAUUUUCAAGUAAGCCUCUAUUGUCAGCUGUUGGAUGAGUGGAAGUAUGAGUCCACUAGUUUGGACAGACAGACGCUAUCAGUUUUUUUUUAAUCAAUAAUAAGCUUUAUUUGUGAAGUUUUCRCAGUCUUCACAGAGGAGUGUCACACAUUUGUCUUCACCUAGAAUAGUUUCUGAUUUUUUUUAAAAUAUAGACGUUUUUGUCUCCUGCAGUCACAGUGACAGCUGUUUAAAAAAGCAGAGCCUUACAAUUUUUUACAGUUUAUAACUUGAUUGAAAAAAGAAAUGGCGCCACGUUCUUUUUGUUGUUUCAACUUUACUGGUGAUACGAUUAAACAGCUGUGAUUGGCUGUUUUACUGUUAGGGGAAAGCUGGUGCUUGUUUCAUGUUUUCUGUAAUUACUAAAACCAGAAACGCUGGAAGAUGUACAUUUUUUUUUUCAUUUUUUUGCAUAAAAAUGUACAGUAAGCAAAAACUAAAGCUGUCACUAAAGUGUAGUAAGGAUUUUUGCUUGGUCUGCAUUGUGACUUUAGUUAAAUAUUUGGUUUGAGAUAACCAGCCAUAAGAGUUUGUCCCUUUAGUAGAUCCAAUUUAGCACCCACUGUCCAGUUUUAAGCCUCUUUCACACUGCGGGAUGGCCUGGGCCUUGCCUGARGCAACAAACUUCAGGGCAUUUUUAAAUUUUGGACUUCAACUUAACUAUUUAAGUUUCGCUUUUGAGUUUGCCAAACUUUGAUUUCCAUGUUUUUGUAACUCAACCAAAAGUUGUAGAAACUUCAAGUUUUAGGUUGUAAGAACUUUGUGUGCUGAGUCUUCUACUGCACAUGAAAGUAGCAGUAACGUUAAAAUUUAAGUUGUACAAACUAUGAAUCUCAUGUUUCUCAUACUCCAGUUAUUAUAAAUUUUACCAACUAUAAAUCCUGAAUACUGUGAACUUCACUGUGAGUUGCAAUAAUUUAAAUUUUAUCAUUGCGUCAAUGUUUUUUCUUUUUUUUUUUGUAGGAAAAAUGUUUAGCAGAGAGUUAUCUGCUACUGUUGACUACAUUAGCAUGACCAUGCAUCAACAUAGACAACACCUUACUCAGCCAUUGGUGACAYUUGUCUGUCCUGGCCAUUUUCCCUCAACAUGUCUCUGACACAGACCUCUCACUCGUGGUGUCAGCUACAGUCAGUAACCAAAACUUAACACAGAUGCCAAAUCAAGCCUGAAGUGUCAACAGAACACAACUGGUUCAUGAAUCACAGAUUAAAGUGUUUGUCUUUUUCAGAGGUGAGUUUUCAGAAAAUUAUCCAUUUCAGCAACAAAAAGGCGGAGCCAAAACUCUGACAUCUGAGCUGAUAGGAGGAGGAAGCAGGAAGAGGGAAAACAAAUACUUUCAAAUCGAGUUUCUGCUCAUUCUUUUAAACAUUAUUAACACUAAAAGUUUGGACUGGAUAAAUACAAACCAGAAGCAUAAGAACAAAAGUUAUCUCUGCGAGAGUAGUUCACUAUACCUUGAACUCAAAAGUCAACUCCCAAAGUUGUCUUUCCCACAUUUCAAAACAAAAGAAUGUAAGUUAGCAGCACUUUCAACUGUUGCAAUGACCUACAACUUAGAKAUAUAAGUACUGACAACUCACAAAAUAAUGUUUAAGAUUACAAAUGCCUUGGAUUUUUGGACCGACUUAAAUUAUUGUGCCCAAUAUGUCAGACUUAGUUUUUCAAGUUUUUUCAACUGAAAAUUGUUCUUCAUCCCAAAAAAA